AUGGAUUGUUUUUGUUGCUGUGGAAAAUUAAAGUACGAAGAGGAUGUGAUGGCCAGCGACAUACAUCGAAUGGAUAUGGUUCUGAGACGAGCGUCUCUCUUGUAUCAGAAAGAAGAGUAUAAGGAGGCGCUCUAUAUGUACAUACAGCUGCAGGACCUAGUAACGGCGCGUCACAAUCAGCAAGCUCCCUGCCGAAUGUUCCGCGACAAAGCUUACUUACGCAUCUUCAAGGCUGUGCUCUACAGCUCACUGGGCGCAUGCCUGGUGUCCAUGCACAGGAAUCCGGAAGCCUACGAGCUCCUUGAAUGCUCGUUGAAGAUGUGCCCAACGCCCCUGGCAGCUCAGCGCUUGAUACUUCUUCUCAUUCAGAUGGAUCGAUUACCCGAUAUUCAGAGGAUAUUGGACAUCCUUCUAAAGCCAACCAUUGUUCGGCAAGAUGCACCCCGAGGAAAAAGUGAAAAGAUCGACACAAUAAUUACCUCAGAUGCUCUGUUGCUGCAAGCUGUACUGCUGUGUUACUCAGGUUCUAUCAUAGACUGUUUGAACACUCUUUCUCUGUCCAUUAUUCAGUUACUCCGCAGAUUUCCUAAAAUCAUACAACCAGCAGCUGAUGAAGAGAUUCUUAAUUUACCAGCCCCCGAACUACUCCAGGGCUCAGAUAAGCUGCGGUGUCGUUUAACCUUUCUGGCGCUGUGCAAUAUCAUGCAAACCUUUAGUCAUCGCGGAGUUGUCUUGCCAUACAGGUGCGACUAUAAUAUAGAGGAGCUUAUAAUGAGGCUCUGCAACUCAAAGGUCAGGGGGCUAUGUCUCAAUACCAUCUUCGACCCGUCAUUUGUCUCACAUGAGGCCCACGAUGCGUUCAUUAGGUACGGUGGAACAGGACAUCUUCCUGGUAGUGGGUUACAGUCCCUUGACUCUCUUUAUUCCUUUUUCCAAGCAUUCUUUUCUUCAAGUUAUGAUGGUGACCAUUUACCAACAAGAUGUUCACCUUUUUUCGACGACAGGAUUUUCUCCUCUGAAGCAUGGAGUGCUGCCGCAUCAAGGAGUAUAACAUAUAGCCGCUUAAAAGGUCAGGCGGCACUCAUCCAACAGAGUCAGCUGUUAGAGGUUAUGGAUGAUGCCGAUCUUGCUCUGCUAAUUCUAAAGGAGUACAACAUUAAACCACUCAGCUAUCUGUUUACCCUCCCAGACCACCUCUUGUCACUUAUCACUGGAACCCCUCUGGGCUCAAAGAGGGUUGAGGGGCAAUCCUCCAAUUCUGUUGACACAGUUGUGUUUACACACAAGGACUCUACCACAAUCGCCACAAUUAUGCGUGCAAAGGAAAACCAGACCAUUCGCGCGUUUAGAUUGGCAGAGGACUGCAUUGAAUCCUCUUCAGCGCAUCCCACAAGUCCCAGGGAUCCUCUGCGUGAAUCACUCCGUUCCAAAGUUAUAUCCUAUCUCCAGCUGCUUCCCUCUGGUAACAAACGCUCUUCAGAAGUAGGUAGUUCCACUUACUCUCACCCUAUCAGCAAAGAUGCAGAUAUAUCUUCCAAACUGGUAUUACGAGACCUUAGGGUAUCACGAGCUCCUCUAGUACCAGAGGGAUCUGCUCUCAACCUAUCAGGUACCGAAGAUGCUGAGCAGGGGGAUUCGGCUACUGCAUUUCGUCCCUCCGAAUCUAGAUCGACUGGGCCAUCAAAUAGUAAGUACACAUCCUUCGCUAGUAGACGGGUCUCCAGUAAUAAGGCCCAGUCAAGAGGGCAAAGGCUAAGCCAUCUGGGACCAACUCGAAAGGCAAUAUCUCUGCCGUCAUAUUCUCUUCUACAUAGGUCGGAGAUGGAUGUACCUAAUGUAUGUCUAUCAACCUUGAAGCAACUACUCUUAAAGAAAAAGAAAAAUAUUGACAGCACAAGCAUGUCGGGAGGCCGGCAAACGUUGGUGUGCACCAACCUACCAAUUGUUCAGAAAAUAGAACAUGUGAGGCCCCUUACUGUUAAGUCAUCAACACAAAGUACCCCUUCGACAACUCCGCCAUCCAAUCUUCACUUCCCUGGAACACAGCUCUUUCCAAAUGUAGACGAAUAUGGCAAGUCUUUAUCUCUUCAUGACCACACCAGCAUAUUCAGGAAGGUACCUAUUCUUCAGCAUCCCAUGCGAAACUGUAUUUCAUGUCCAGCUGUAUGGAAUAGGGACAGAUCCCGUCACCUUAGUCCUCAAGCUGGAGAGCAAUUUAGAAAACUAUACAACGCUGCAUUAUCUGUAGAGGCCACCAACUCUUUGACUUUUAAAGUCCCUUAUUACAACGAGCUAGUUCGCGCGAUAAACUCCGGGGACCGCGAGGAAAUUCUUCUCAAUUACAGUAUGGGGCAUAGAGGCACAGAACUUUCAGACUUUGACUUUAUUGAUAAGGACCAGUUAAAUUCCUACAAUAAAAAGUCUCGAUCACAGAGUCUUGAACAGAGUGCCUCACCCAAGAAUAGAUUACUCCAAAACGCUAGGACAGUCUUCAGUUCUUAUAAAUAUGUGCAAGCAGGCAUAUCAAAUAUCAGAGCAUCUCUUAGUAGAUUGGCGCUAGCUAUGCGUACAAAGAAUAAUGAAAAACAAUCCUUGAUAGAUAAAAACAGAACCCAAACUAAAAUGACUGCAGAUUGCGUAACACCAAAGACACCGACCUAUUGUAGCGAAAUCGACUAUAACGCAGCCACAAGCCCUGAUACAAAAAAUGGCGACCAUAUGUGUUGGAGUGAUGCUACAGACGAGCCGCUUGCACUAAAGCCAAUACUUCUCCCAGACCUCAAGGCCAUUGUCUCCAAAACGCCUGUCCGUUUUGUGGACUAUUUCCUGAAUCACCUAGACUUGGAGCUGGUACAUGGAGACCCUCAUGAGAGACGGACUCUGCUUUUGAAAUGUAAAGAGGACACUGAACGCUUUGCCAACUCUGAAGCGCUGCACUCUAAGGCCUUGGCAAGAAAGAGGGCAGACAUUUUAUCAAGUACUGGCUCUGAUUGCAAUCAUCUGCGUUACAGAAUGAACGCUACAUACGUACCAGAUUACCAAGACCUGGAUCAAAGUAAUUCCGCAGAAAGCACAGACUCUACACUACUGUCUAACUAUUACCCAUCAAAGGCAAUCCCCGAUAUCCUUAGAGGGGUCGGGCUGGAGUUGAUUAACACAAAGAGCAUAGGUUCAAGUCCUCCCGGCGUAAAUACUUCUUCGCCGAGUGUCUCUAGCGCUUCAUCAGGAUCGUUCAAGACAGGUAGCGAUUACUCUCCAGGUGUACACUUGGAUAGAGACGGGAUACUUUGUUUAUUCACCAGUUCUAAGUCCCUUAAACAAAAUACUUACAGGUACAAGGCUUUUGCUGACAUACCUUUCAACAGCACCAUCACCCCACAUGCAACUUGCAAACGUAAAGAGGUGUCUAUUCUUCACAUCCAUACAAGCACGCCACGACAGCAUAAUAGUCAAGUUAAACUGUCAUUACUACCCAAGGAGCCAAGGCGACCAAAGCGAUUGACCAUUUCAAGUGUUAUCCGUAAGAAUACUCCGACUGCUAUGGCAGUUAAAGUUCUGCGCCUUCGAACAGCUUCCUUCCUCUUCAGGAUUCCAUUGUAA